ACCCCUUAACCUCAGAUGACAGCAGCGCUCUAACCCUCCCUUCUCCCACUCCUGGUGUGUGAAGUCUUCCAGACUGCACCAACAAGGCUCCCUGAGGUGGUGACACGCAACACAAGCAGCUGUCUAUCUCUGUUUGUUUUUUAUCCAGUUUGCACUGAGAUCUGAGAAAAACCUGUAGUUACCUGGAAGGAGCUCAGCUCGUUUUGAGGAGAAGACCGAUGAGUGUUUUGUACCACGAGUAGAUGGUCAUAUUUCCCUCCUCUCUACCCCCUCCUGCUUUUAGAAGAAGUACCUAGUGGACCUAACAUGGCAUCCCAGACCCCAGCACUCCCACAGUCCUAUGCUCCCGGAGCAAACAGCAUCUUUUCUGACCAGUCAGGCUUCUUUUCACUCGACUCCAAUGUGCCUGGCCUCUCUAAGGUUAUUCUCAAUCAGCUCAACAUGAAGGACUACGGAGAAUACAGGGCUGCUGUGGAGGGAAAGUCUAAAGGAGUCCUGUUCCGAAACUACAAGGAGAUGUUUCAGAAGAUGGAAGAAACGUUCAAGUUCUGCACUGGCUGCAACAAACUCCCAGAACACCUCACAGAGGGACAGACCCUAAAGCGCUGUGUGAAGUGUUUGAAUGUGUACUACUGUGCGAAGGACUGUCAGAAAAAGGACUGGCCUCAUCAUAAGAAAGUGUGCAAAAUCCUGCGGUUGGUGGCAAUUGACCGGUUGGUGGAGUGGCUGAUUUUCACUGGAGAUCUUCCAAUCCCAACUCAAAAAUGGUCUAGGUCAGCUGCAGACGUGAAGAGCUGGGACGACUGGCUUCCCAUGCAGGAAGACCUCCCCCAAAGUCUGGAAAAGAUCAUAUCCAGUGCCAAUAUGGCAACUCUUUGGAAGAAUGUCAGCAGGACACGACCCGACGUUGACGACCUGAGACAGUCCUUAUGGAGAAUUCAGAGCGAGUUCCUUUCUAGGGUUCUCACAGUUGGUAUGGCAAUCCGACAUUUUGCCCUGGACCCAUAUAGUAAGCCUCUCACAGUUCACCUAGUAGGGGUGUCCCACAAUGAGACGAUGGGAGCCAGAGUGACUGACUACGAUGAGCUGAGCCACAUGUUUCCUGGACAUCAGGGCAUUGAGAUAGUUAUGGUGGGACCAGAGGUGGUGGAUGGUCCCAUUGUGAGACCUCCGCUUAGAGCAUUUGGCCCCAAACACAAGGUGUACAUCAGUGCCUAUAAGAGUCUCUACCAUCAGUUCUGGGAGGAUGUGAUCGAGAGAGGGGAUGCUGCCAAGCCAGACAUUGUUGUCGGAUUUCAUCCAGGGUUCCAUGCCAAUCAGGGUUUGGUUGAAGGAUGGCUGCCCACCUUACUUCUGCUCAGAGACUACAACAUCCCUUCUUUCUUCACCAUGUACAGUGAAAUGGAGCUCAAGUAUUCCCUAGAGAUCCUUUUUGAGCUGGAGGUGCACAUCAUAGAAAGUGGACCCAAUCCGUUCACCUCCCAGAAGCCAGAGCAGGUCCAAGCCUGUCCAAACAAGCCCCCCGUCUACUGCAACUCUCACUACGUCCAAUUCCAGGGGCUUCUGCCUCAACAGGACUAGGAGGGGCCAGGAGCUACUAACCAUGGAACCCAUAGAAGAAAAUCAGUUUAUUACACUGUAGAUGUUGUAGAGUCUCACUCACUGAGGGACACUGAACCUGGUCAUACCACACAGGAUCCCUACCACUGCAUUAUAAGUGAAAUAAACAAAACCCUGAAUAGUGAUGGAAUAGACUAUUUCAUCAGACAGACAAUAGAAAUAUCCUGAAGCUCAUUUUCUUUGAUGAUGUUAGCAGCAGGGCCACGGAGGUUUCUCCGCUGCGGGCGUGCCAUGGUAACGCUGUCGGAUAAAAAGGGUCAUUGUUAUACAUUCAUAAUGAGUCCAUAAUUAGUUCUGUCAUUGUUUGAUGGUUUCCUUUGAUUCAUUCUGUGCCUUAGACCAAUCAACAAAUCUCACAACAGCUGCGUGAAAGUGGAUCAUAUACUAAUGAAACCCCUGAUGUGAUCAAGGAAUCAGAUUACAGUCAUUUCACAGGGCUGUAGAUCUUCGCUAAUGUAUCAUAUGCUCUAUUGUUUGGUCCGGGGGGAUGUUCGUUAUCAACUGCCAGAGCCAGCUGGAGGCACUGAGCUGCUGCUAGCUAAUGACCUGGUGCUGCGGGGAAUCAAAUUGAUGGGAUUGUAUUGUAUUACAGGCAUUAUAUUAUUAAGCCAGGAAUGUAAAACAAAUCAAAAGACAAACUUAGUUUACUUUACAUUUUUAGGGCUGAAUAACUAAAUAAAAAAUAUACCAUACUGGCUAAAAGUAGGCUUUUGUGUUGUUAUUUUUUUAUGUGGCCUCUGUUGGUACAAAGCAUCUGCAGAUUGGUUAAAACCAGUCGUUGGUCUCCCAAAACAUCCUUGUUGAGGGUUUAUUUGUUCAUUUUAGGUAAAAACCCUCACUAGAGAUGAU